AUGGUGCUGGUUCUGGACGUGAGCCUGAUAAGUGGCAGAUCUGUGUCUUUGGAGGCAGACGACGAGGCUUCGGUUGAAAGCUUGAAGCGGCAAGCGCAUGUGGCGCUCGGAGUUCGUAGAGGGCGGCUCUUGAACUCAUCCGGCGAUGUCUUAGAUGGGGGCACCUCGCUCAAAAAAGCAAGGUUGGUCUCGGGCGAUGCCCUGAUCUUGCAGAUCAGCGAGCUUCAGAUUUGGGGGAACACUUGUUGCAGGUUUGGCAACCUUGCUUUUGCUGCAAUCCUGGGCGACGGUUCUGUGCUCACCUGGGGCAAGGCUGACGGUGGUGGCGACAGCAGCAAGGUGAAGGAUCAGCUGAAAAAUGUGCGACAGAUCCAAGCUACUAAAGACGCAUUUGCCGCCAUCCUUGUCGAUGGGUCGGUGGUCACGUGGGGUUACGCUGGCGCUGGUGGCGACAGCAGCAAGGUGCAAAAGCAGCUGAAAGGUGUGCGACAGAUCCAAGCCUCCUUGAGGGCAUUUGCCGCCAUCCUGGGUGAUGGGUGUGUGGUCACCUGGGGCAGCGCUGACGCUGGUGGCAACAGCAGCAUCUUUCAAAAGCAGUUGAAGAAGGUGAAGCAGGUUCAAGCCUCUUUAUUUGCAUUUGCCGCAAUCCUGGACGAUGGCUCUGUGGUUACGUGGGGCAACCCUGAAUAUGGUGGCGACAGCAGCAGGGUGCAGGAGCAACUGAAAAGUGUACGACACAUCCAAGCUAGUGACGCGGCAUUUGCCGCCAUCCUGAGCGAUGGGUCUGUGGUCACGUGGGGCAGCCGUCACCGUGGCGGCGACAGCAGCAAGGUGCGGGAACAGCUGAAAAAUGUGCAACAGAUCCAAGCCACCGAGGAAGCAUUUGCUGCCAUUCUGGAGGACGGCUCUGUGGUUACGUGGGGCCACAUUGGCAAUGGUGGCGACAGCAGCAACGUGCAAAAGCAGCUGAAAGAUGUGCGACAGAUCCAAGCUAGUGGAGACGCAUUUGCCGCUAUCCUGGUUGAUGGGUCGGUGGUCACGUGGGGCGAUGCUGCCGCUGGUGGCGAUAGCAGCAACGUUCAAAAGCAGCUGAACAACGUAAAGCAGAUCCAAGCCAAUUUAUUGGCAUUUGCCGCAAUCCUGGACGACGGCUCUGUGGUUACGUGGGGCAAUCCUGGCUAUGGUGGCGACAGCACAGAGGUGCAGGAGCAACUGAAAAACGUGCAAUGUAUCCAAGCAACAAGGGGCGCAUUUGCCGCCAUCCUGGAUGAUGGGUCCGUGGUCACGUGGGGCAAGGCUGAUUGUGGUGGUGACAGCGGCAAGGUGCAGAAGCAGCUGGCAAAUGUGCGACGCAUCCAAGCAGCCAGAGGCGCAUUUGCCGCCAUCAGGGGCGAUGGGUUUGUGGUCACCUGGGGCCAGGCUGACGGUGGUGGCGACAGCAGCAGCGUGCAGGAGCUGCUUCGGCCACAUGCAGACUCAGCCUCCUGCCACUAG